AUGGAAUAUUUCGUAUCAGCAUAUGAAAACGAUUAUUUAAUCGAUCGAAUGAAUGAAAUAUAUCUGCAGGAGUUAAAUAUUGAAAACAUUCGCCGAAAAUUUCAUUCGGUAAAAUUUCGAUUCUCGUACACAUGUUGUUUUUCUUUAUUUUACACGACAUGUCGCUUCAUAUCAAAAGAUAAUGCAAAUCGUGACAAGAUAGAACACGUUCGUUUGCUUAACAAAAGACUACAUCGGUUUCUAGCAGAAACAGCUGGAAAACUGAAUGGAAUUCUUCACCUGUGUCAAUCGGAAGAGAAGAUUACGAAAAUAAUCUUCGCCAGUGAGUAG